AUGUCUUCUACCACCAAGCCAACACUGCUCAUCCUCGGCGGCGCCGGUUCACAAAACAGUUCCGUCACCAAAAUCUUCUCCGAGGCAGGAACCUACGCAAUCCACGUCCUGACCCGUUCCCUGCACUCCGCGCACGCCUCAGAAUUAGGUCUCCUCCCCAACGUCACGCUCAUCGAAGGCGAUUGCUAUGACGACGCAACCCUCACGGCAGCCUUCAAAAACGUCGAAUUUUGUUUUGUCAACACAAACGGCUUUGCUAUCGGCGAGAAGAAUGAGAUCUAUUGGGGCAUCCGUAUGUAUGAGAUAGCGAGAUGGGCGGGCGUCAAGCACUUCGUAUAUAGCAGCUUGCCGUACGUGAGCAAGAAUGGGGAUUUCGAUCCGAGACGGAGGGUUCCUUUUGUGGAUGGGAAGGCCAAGGUUGCUCAAUAUCUUGCCGCAAUGUCGACAACUCCUAUGGCUUGGAGUGUUCUCGCUACAGGUCCCUACGCUGAGCGUUUAUGGGGCGACCGAGACGUUCCUGUUAAGGACGCGGAUGGCAUUUAUGUCUUCAAGCUUCCGUUGGGGGAGGCUCAUGUAUCCGGCGCCGACCUCGCGACCGCAUUUGAGGCCGUGACUGGAAACAAAGCAAGAUACGAGAAUAUUCCGCUGCAGGCUAUGCUCGACCAAAUGCCAGCAGGGAAGAUCGGCUCACAAGGCUCGCCUGGAUACGACGAUCCGACGUUGAAGACAGCUCCAGAGCACUUCGGACCAGAGAGUGGAGGGAAUACGGGACUGUGGAAGAGGAAUUAUGGCUUGUUGGAUGAGAUUAUGCCGUCUAGGAUUAGGAGUGUGGAGGAGUGGAUGCGAGAGGUGAAGUAUGAUGGGAAGCCGGGGAAAUAUCUCACGACUGGAUUGUCAUUGGAUUAG